AUGCUCGGCGUUGAAGCUAGCAAUGGCGGAGAGCAAGCGGAUACGGCGGUGAGGAUGCAUGAGUACGGUUCGGACGACGAGGAAAUCGUUGGGACUAGUACCACAACAACGGAUGGCGCCAAAAUGCAGAAAGACGAUCGCGACGGGAGCAACAAGGCCGCGACGUUCGUGCUGAAUUGGCACGGCGACAGCAACUACACGAACAUCAGGGCGGCCGGCUUGGAACAGGUGAACGUACCAAGUUACGGCUAG